AUGGACUCAGGCACCCCCAACAGGCGGCGCACGAGUCAGGACGACGACUACUUCGGCGAUGCGGUGCCCUGGGCCCCUGAAGCAGAGCGGUUGCGUGCAGCAUAG